CCAACGAAGAAGGACGGGGAAAAGAAGGAGAAGAAAGAGACGGGAGAGGAGACGGAGCAGAUCAGGAGCUACGGGGAGAACAUGAGUUCCUGGGAGGACAAGCGACGGAGGCGAAGAGACGAGACUCGAACAGAGAGGAGACCGAGGAACUGAGGUGACAGGACACAACUGAAGAGAAAGGAGGAGUGGGAGAAGCUCAAGCGCACGAAAACAAGAAGAGACUGGAUCGACUCGAGAAGGCAAGGAUGGUCACAUACGAAGUGAGGCGAGAAAAGGAGAGAAGGCGCUUGGCAGAUGCCGGCAGAGACGUCGAAACGAAGACAGGGGCCAUCGAGGUCGUCAGGCGAACAAAUCAGCCACCAUCCUUUCUCUCCUCUGGAGUUCUAACAAAAAGGAGGAACCAUGCCGUCGCUCGACAGAGAGUACCUUUCAAGAGAAAAAAGCCUUUCCAAGUGCAACACAAACAGAUAAAAGGCCUCGUGGAGGACGCGCUGCUGAUCAAAGUCACUUCCUGUCUGGAGCUCGGAGAGAGAUUCGCUGGGCUUCGGCCUUGCUCGGAAGCUGAGAAAGCGAGAAAUGGAAGGAAGAGAGUGGGCGACCGCGGAAACGCUACAAGACAACAAAUCAAAUUCCAAAUGUGCAUGCCCGCUCCCGCUCCUCCGAGAGGCGACGUCCUCUCGACUCUGUUUGCGUCUGCUUCUACAGAGGGGAGGAGGAGAAAAUGUCGGAGAAGAUCAGCUGCUUCCGAAAACGCGAACAAAGGAGAAAAGUUCAACAAGUCACGGCAGGCACAGGUUCAGUCUGCUUGGAUCCGCUGUGAACGUCUCUCGCGGCUCCGGCUGAGGUCUGUGGCGUUGUGCUCUCCGGUGCAUGCAUGCAGAACAGAGGGUCCUCUCUCUGUCUCCUUUCUCCUUCUUCCACUUUCCGUGGUGCACCAUUUUGAAGCACAAAAGCAAACGACCUUCUUCGUCUGCCGAGGCAACGAGGAACGCCAGCCUCUCUCUUCUUCUCCGCUGCCGACUCUCUCUCUCCUCCCUCUCUCUCUCCCUCUCUCUCUCGCCGUCGGGUGUAUGUACACCCGACAGACGCCGGCCGCGGCCCCGCACACUUGAUUCGGCACGCCACAAUUGUCAUUGCUUCUCCGUCGAAAGGAAGACUGCCUCUGUCUCGGCUCAGAAUAGCUCGGAAAUUUAGAUCUCUUGUGCGAGGCCGUUCCACGGCUGUCUCGGGUCUCUCGCAGCUCAUCUGCAUCUGCAGACAGAGACGCUUUGGGAGCUCCACAAUGUGCUCUGUUGAUUUGCCCUCGUCGACUGUGGCUG